CCGGCCAUGGCUAGCUCAGGCAGCAGUUCGCCAUGGGGCAGACAUUUGUUCAAAGCUGUCCUGACGGUGGUCCUAGUUGUCCUUGUCCUCCUCCACGCGGCAUCAUCCCAGUCCCAUCGAGACUUUGCACCACCAGGCUCUCAGAAGAAGGAGGCCCAAGCUGAUAUCCUGACCCAGAUAGGCCGAUCUGUGUGGGGGACCCUGGACGCCUGGAUUGGGCCGGAGACCAUGCACCUGGUCUCAGAGACCUCGUCUCAGGUGAUGUGGGCCAUCUCGUCAGCCAUCUCGGUGGCCUUCUUUGCUCUGUCUGGGAUCGCCGCACAGCUUCUGAAUGCCAUGGGGCUCGACGGUGAUCACAUCACCCAGGGCCUGAAGCUCAGCCCAAGCCAGGUCCAGACCUUCCUGCUGUGGGGAGCCGCGGCCCUCGUCGUCUACUGGCUGCUGUCCCUGCUCCUCGGCCUGGUCCUGGCCUUGCUGGGACGCAUCCUGUGGGGCCUGAAGCUUAUUCUCUUCCUAGCAGGCUUUGUGGCCUUGGUGAGGUCGGUGCCUGACCCUUCCACGCGGGCCCUGUUGCUCCUGGGCCUGCUGACCCUCUAUGCCCUGCUGAGCCGGCUCACUGGCACGCGAGCGUCCGGGGCCCAGCUGGAGGCCAAGGUGCGGGGCCUGGAGCGCCAAGUGGAGGAGCUGCGCUGGCGGCAGAGGCGCGCAGCCAAGGGCCCCCGGAGCGUGGAGGAGGAGUGA